AUGGUGUCUUCUUCCUUAGACGAUGAGCAUCCCAGCCCGAAGCGGCGUCGCGUCAUUGCUGAAGAGGACGACGACGACAACAACAAUGAUGUCAAUGAAUCAGACCAAGGCGAUCGCUUGUCUCAACGUGCCGCUCGUCUGGAAGAAAGAGCAGCAGAACGGCGCCGUCAAAGAUCCCAAGACCUCCGUCAGGAAGUCUUAGAAUUGGCGGGUAACAAUCCUGAUGAAUUUCAAGAUGUGGAUGCUAACAACAAUAACAAUGACGAUGAUUUCGAUGGUGAUGCCGACAUGGAAGAGGAUAAAGACUAUGAUUAUGAGGCUAAUGCCCCUGUUCAGUUGGAAGAAGAAGAAGAUGGAGAAGAUUUGUUGGAUAAUGCCGAGCGUGAUUACCAAAAGAUUGCGGCCUUGGACACAUACGGCCGAGAUGGUCUGGACGAUCGAGAUUUUGAUGACAUGGAUGUCGAUCAGCGACGUGCAGCCGAAAAGGAAUUAAACCGCCGAGACCUAGAAGGGAUGGGCCGUAACGAUGGAUUUUAUGGGCUUUUAGAUGCCAUGGAAACAGAGGAAGAUGAUGAAGCCCGUCAGGCUCGUCGUGGAAUGUUUGCCCGUGGGGAAGAUGGCGAAGAGGGAGUUGAAGCCACCGCGGAUGGCGAUGAAACCGAUGAAGAAGAUUUGGAUGGAGAGGACCAAAUCAAUUUGGAAGCCUUUGAUGUGCCCCUACGAGAAUGGAUUGCUCAGGAUCGCACCCGCCGAGAGUUACAACGCAAGUUCAGAAGCUUUCUACGCCAUUACACUGGCGAAGUUGGCAAUGAAGACGAUCCGGCGAGGCGUCGCAAACGUGGAAAUGGAAUCUACGAACAAAAGAUCAGAGCCAUGUGUGCUGCCAAUCAUUCCACUCUUCAAGUAUCGUUUGAGCAUCUCGGUGAAGCUGAACCUGUGCUGGCAUUUUGGCUUACGGAUGUCCCCAAAGACAUGUUCGACGUCCUCAAUGAAGCUGCCACCCGCCACACCCUCAUGUUGUUCCCUUCCUACAAUUCCAUUCAGAGCGAAAUUCACGUGCGUUUUGCCGGUUUUCCCUUUUUGGACUCUCUUCGCAACUUGAGACGCUCCCACCUGGAUAACCUCGUGAAGGUCAACGGAGUGAUCACCCGGAGAUCUUCCGUUUACCCACAACUUAGCAUUGCCUAUUACACAUGUCUUGGUUGCAAGAGAACUCAAGGACCUUUUCGAGUCGAUGGAGUGGGGUCCAAUCUGGUGGGCAUGAGUCAACCAGACAAUUGUCCCAAUUGUGAAAAUGCUCAUUUCAAGCUGCAUCCUUCCUUGUCCGAGUAUCGCAACGUGCAACGAGCCAACCUACAAGAAACUCCUGGGUCUGUCCCACCCGGACGAGUCCCCCGUAGCAAAGAAGUCGUUUUCGCGGACGAUCUCAUUGAUUCUGCCCGUCCAGGAGAAGAAGUGGUGGUUACUGGUAUCUAUGAGCAAAAGUUUGAUGCUGGAUUGACAUUUCAAUCAGGCUUUCCAGUCUUUAGCACGUUUUUGACGGCCAACCAUGUCAGCAAAAAGGAAGAUGCGGCUGCCACAGCAAAUCUAUCGGAGAACGAUAUCCAGGAAAUCUUGGAACUGGCCAAGGAUCCCAAUAUCGGAAACCGCAUUGUGUGGAGUAUCGCUCCAAGUAUCUAUGGACAUGACUUUUGCAAGAUGGCGCUGGCCAUGAGCUUGUUUGGAGCAGUGCCCAAGAACGUCAAUGACAAACACAGGAUUCGCGGAGAUAGUCAGUUGCUCAAGUAUGCAGAGUACACAGCCCCUCGGGCCGUCUACAGCACUGGUAAGGGCGCCAGUGCGGUUGGAUUGACAGCAUCCGUACACAAGGACCCGAUCACCCGUGAGUGGACGUUAGAAGGAGGUGCUCUGGUCUUGGCGGAUAAGGGUGUUUGUUUGAUCGAUGAAUUUGACAAGAUGAAUGAGCAAGAUCGCACAUCCAUCCACGAGGCAAUGGAACAGCAGAGUAUAUCAGUUUCCAAGGCGGGAAUUGUGACAUCGCUUCAGGCUCGAUGCUCCGUGAUUGCAGCCGCCAAUCCAAUUGGUGGACGUUACGACAGUUCCAACACCCUGGCAGACAAUGUCGAAUUGACGGAUCCUAUUUUGCAACGUUUUGAUAUUCUGUGCGUUCUUCAAGAUCAGGUGGACCCCAUUGCCGAUGAAAGGCUGGCCAUGUUUGUGACGGAAAGUCACAAGCGAGCAGUACCGACUGCAAAAAUCAAGCCAGACAAGGAAGGGAAAUCUGACUCGCAAGCCAAGUCUAUGGAAAUUCCCGGGCUCAUUAAACAAGACUUGCUUCGAAAGUACAUCCAAUAUGCCCGUGUCAAUGUUCGUCCCGUCCUGCGAGGUAACGCCUUUGACCAGGAAAAGGUUGCCUCCCUUUAUGUGGCACUUCGCCGAGAAUCUGCAGCAUCAGGGGGUGUCCCCAUUGCAGUGCGACACAUUGAGUCUAUCAUGCGCAUGGCUGAAGCCCACGCGAAAAUGCAUCUACGAGACUAUGUUCGGGAUGACGAUAUGGAUGCUAGUAUCCGGAUGAUGCUGGAAAGCUUUGUCAUGGCUCAAAAAUUCAGUGUGCGUCGAGCUCUGAAGCGAAGCUUUGCCAAAUUCCUUUCCAGCGGUGAAGACCGUGCCUACUUGUUGCUGCACAUGUUGCAAGAACUCUUCCGCAAGGAGCAAAUGUACCAAGUGAUUCGGCUGAGGCAGCGCAAUCAGUCCGAGGACAUGCUAGAUAUUCUGGAUGUCCCGCUGGAUGAACUCGAGAGCAGGGCCCGUGAGCGAAGAAUCUUCAACGUGACGGAGUUCUUGAAGAGUGAAGCCUUCACUGAAGCGGGCUACAGGUACGACCCUCAGCGAAAGGCCAUCACGAGAAGCGUGGCAUCUGCAAACUAA